GGGGCGGGAGAAGCUGGCGGCUCUGACAGGAAGUGACGACACGGACCCGUAGGUUGUUGCUGCACGGUAUUUCCUCCUCGCAGAAAGAAAGGAAGAAACCCGGACACGGCGGUGUAAGAAGAGUGCUGACCAGAGACCGAGAGAUCUAAAAUCAUGAAUCCUGUCUAUAGCCCUGGGUCUUCUGGGGUUCCAUAUGCAAAUGCCAAAGGUAUUGGAUAUCCUGUUGGCUUUCCAAUGGGGUAUGCUGCAGCUCCUGCCUAUUCGCCCAAUAUGUACGCUGGUGCAAAUCCUGCCUUCCCAUCAGGAUAUACGACAGGAACGCCAUACAAAGUGUCAUGUUCUCCCACCAGCGGGGCUGUGCCACCUUAUUCUUCUUCCCCAAAUCCUUACCAGACUGCAGUGUAUCCAGUACGAAGUGCCUAUCCUCAGCAAAAUCCAUAUGCACAGCAAGGAACAUAUUACACACAGCCUCUGUACGCAGCUCCUCCACACGUAAUCCAUCACACCACUGUUGUGCAACCAAAUGGAAUGCCUGCAACUAUGUAUCCUGCACCCCUCCCCCCUCCUAGAGGUAGUGGGAUGACUAUGGGGAUGGUAGCUGGGACCACCAUGGCGAUGUCAGCAGGUACAUUGUUGACCACCCAUUCACCCACACAAGUAGCUCCUCAUCAUCAAGUCACAAUGCCUGCAUACCGGGCUCCAGGGACACCAACUUAUAGUUAUGUCCCACCACAGUGGUGAUUAACCAACCAGUGUUUAAAGAUGGAAGAUAUGCAAGCAAGAAAGAGGCUCAUUAGUUGGUGCUGAAGCAUUCCUGCCUCCAGCAAGAAGUUUCUUCCUUCUGAAUUCUCUCAACACUUUGCCUAACACUAAUUCAGGAUUCGAAGAUUUCCAUUAUUGCAUAUCUUAACAUCUUGGGACUCUAGUGGUUGUCUUAUUAUGAAAAUCCUGUUUUGUGGACAGUCUUGCAAUUUUUUUAGCUAAUUCUAAUGAUAAAAAGGGAGUUAUAAAGUUGUUUCAAUCCAUAUCUAGUUGAAUGCAUGUUAAAACACAAACCGAAGCUUGCUCAGUUAUUGCAGUGACAUAUGCAAGAAAACAUCAUAUGCAAAAUCCAAAGGAAUAGGUAUAAAGAGAUUUGAAGGCCUUUUCCCUCUUUUGGGAGGCCUCCUGAGCUUGAGGCAAGACUAAUCACCCAGUGUGUACUUUGAGUGUUGCUCUAUCAUUUUUUGAAGAUUGUUGCUAGUUAAAUGGUGCCAUGUUUUAAAGAGAAACGUAAUCUACUACAUCAUAUAAAAAUAGUGUAUUUCAGAAUAAUAUACCCAGCUUCACACUAGAACUACUAGUUUCUUUUUUUUUUCCAUUCCUAUUUUUUAUUAUUUUGUGUUUAAAUAGGAAUAGCUGACUCAUUUUGAUGUGACCAGCUAACUGUAUGACUAAGAAGAUUUCUUAGUGUUAGGAUGCAGUGUGUGGCUUUGAACACUAUUGGUCUAUAUCAUUAUGGGGUACAAUUGCUGCCACACAAGUUGACAGCUUAAAUGUGUUUAGUAUUGCCUCUGCAUUACUUGCAGGUAAGAGAAACGACACAUUUUGCAUUCCACUAACACAGGACCUGCUUCUUAUGCUCUCAUUUUUUUGAUUUAAAGAUAUUGAGAGAAAAAAUAAACUAUGCAUCAGGAAAUGUGAAGAAAAGGAAGUGAAAGGUGGAGAUUGGUUCCCUUUCAGCUCAUACGAUACAGUAACCACAUUUAAAUGGCUGUUUUUUUUUUUCUUUGUUUUUUUUUAUGCUCACUUUAUGCAGAAAUUUUUGUUUGCAUUCCACAGUAAAUAAAUAAAUAUGCUGGACAUUCCUAAUUCUAGUGUGCAUAAAUGAGUCAUUAAUGAGCUUUGUUAGUGUUUUGUACAUUUUAGAUGCCAGAUCAUUACUGCUGAGAUUACGGGAAAACUUGGCAGUUAGUAGUAAAAUAUCAUCUAAAUAUCGCCUUUUUUUUUUUCCUCUAUAAAUUAAAAAAAAAAUAAUGGGUCAAGCCCUCCUUUUUUGAACAAGGAAAACAAAAAUGCAUUUCUGUAGCUUCCAUCAUUUUGAAGGGGACAGAUGCACUUAACAUCCACUUUGGUCCUAAUGUAUACAUGCUUUCAGUGUUGCCCAUUGACAAUUUUUAGGCAAACUUUUAGAAAGGUGCAUUUUAUGGAUCAUCCUUAAAGGUUUUCUUUUCUUUGUUUUAAUCUUUGGUAUUCUCCCUAUGUCAGUUCUGUCUGGUAGGCUGGCUGUAUGAGCUCUGACUGGAUAAUAAAUGGCUUCCCACAUA